AUGGGAGAUACAUCAAAGAAGCCAGAGUUCGUUUUCGUGCCUGGAGCAUGGCAUAGCCCAGAAUCUUUUAAACCCACCACAGAUAUCCUUGAAGCGAAGGGUUACAAAGUCCACGGCAUUUCCCUAAAAUCUGUGGGUGCAUCUCCUCAUCUCGAAGAUUCCCAGCCAGAUGUAGAAAUAAUCAGGAACAAAAUCGACUCUCUCCUCUCCACGUAUACUCCCCUGAUUCUCGUCUACCACUCCUAUGGCGGAGUAGUCAGCUCGUCGGCUUUAGACACCUAUAUCGCCACCCUCUCUCCUUCAACCACCCCCUUCUCUCCUACUGACCUGAUCCGCCGUUUGGUUUACAUCGCUGCCUUCUGUCUCCCCAAAUCCGCAUCUUUGAUGAGUGCCCUGAAUCAUAAUCCUCUUCCCUGGUGGACUAUCUCCCCAGAUUCCAGAGCUAUCACUUGUUCAGAUGCUUAUGGAAUCUUCUAUUGCGAUGUUUCCAGAAAUGAAGCACAAAAAUAUGUGGAGAUGCUGAAGGAACAUAGUUACAAGACUCUUGAUUUGCCAGUGACUACAAAGCUGUGGAGACACAUUCCGAGUACGUUUGUUGUUUGUGAAGAAGACAAGGCGAUUCCUGUUGAAGCGCAGUUGGGGAUGAUUAGGGGAGCACAGGAGAUUGCCGAGGGGAGUUUCGGCACGAUCGAAAGUACAAACGCCGGCCAUAGCCCAUUUAUAAGCCAACCGGAAUGGCUGGCUGAGAAAUUAAUAAAAGCCGCUGGAAAUCCUAUUUGA